UGUGAGUGGGCUGCGGUCGGCGAGGGACCCUGCCCAGAGCCCCCCCUCUCGCCUGGCUGCCCAUCCGCUGUGCGCCUUGGGGGGGGGGCGGGGAGGAGCCAGCAGAGGCCGCGGCGAGGGGAGGUUGCGCAAGAAGCCCCCGCUGCGCUUCAACAUAUAAAAGAGCCGUCGGGGCUGCUCCGGUGCUGCAGGCAGGCAGGCGCGGCGCGAUUGCGGCUCCGUCGAGGAAGGAUUAUGGACUUCCUGAGCGACAAGUUCGCCCUCAAGAGCCCCCCGGCGGCGACGGGCAAAGGCGGCGAGUUUUACCUGCCCCCCGGGGCCCCCCUGGAGCACGUCAUGGAAGCGCUGGACGGUGGCGGAGGCGGCAGCGAGGCCUUCUACGGCAAGGGCGGCAAGUGUGUGGCGCAGGCCGCCUACAACCCCCACGGCCGCCUAGACAGAGCGUCCCCCGGCAGGGACGGCGCCGUAAACUAUGGGAUUACGAAAGUGGAAGGUCAGCCACUGCACAGCGAAUUGGGCAGGCCCUUGGAAAACUGCAGCAGCCUCCGGAUGUCUCCGGUGAAAGGGAUGCAGGAGAAAGGCGAGCUGGAUGAACUCGGAGAUAAAGGCGACAGCAAUGUCUCUAGCAGUAAGAAGAGGAGGCACCGGACCACUUUUACCAGUUUACAGCUGGAAGAAUUGGAGAAAGUGUUCCAGAAAACACAUUACCCUGAUGUUUAUGUAAGGGAGCAGCUGGCUUUGAGAACAGAACUCACCGAGGCCAGAGUUCAGGUCUGGUUCCAAAACCGAAGAGCAAAGUGGAGAAAGAGAGAGCGUUAUGGGCAAAUCCAACAAGCCAAAAGUCAUUUUGCUGCAACCUAUGACAUAUCUGUUCUUCCAAGAACUGAUAGCUACCCACAGAAUUCGGAGUCAUCCAGAGAAUUUGGCUGGCAGCAGGUUCAGGACAGACGGAAGGAGAUCCAGAAUAAUUUGUGGGCAGGAAAUGCAGCUAACAGUUCAGUGGUGACCUCCUGCAUGCUUCCACGUGAUACUUCCUCUUGUAUGACCCCUUAUUCCCACUCACCUCGGACAGAUUCUGGGUACUCAGGGUUUUCCAACCAUCAGGGCCAAUUCAGCCAUGUUCCCCUCAACAAUUUUUUCACUGACUCUCUACUGUCUGGAACAACCAACGGACAUCCAUUUGAAACCAAACCAGAAUUUGAACGACGGUCAUCCAGCAUUGCGGUUCUACGAAUGAAAGCUAAAGAACAUACUGCUAACAUUUCUUGGGCAAUGUAAUGUAACUAAAUAGCCUUCCAUUAAAAUUGUCACACCAAACCCUCCUCAUUCUAAUUUCCCAUAUUUAAAGGACUCAACAAUAAGCUGCUGUGUGAAGAAUUGCUUGUGAUCAGGAUGAUGACUGCUUAUGCAAAUUCCUAAUAUGCUAUUUAAUGAUAACAUUUAAGCAUAAACAUGUACAGGGACUCAAUAGAUCCACUGUGUCCAGAAGCCCUCUGAAAAUUCACCAAAUGUGUUUUAUUGUACCAGUUGAUGAAAUAUGAGUGUAAAACCUGCAAAAAAUAAUAAACUUAUUAAAGAAGUA